AUGUCCCACGAGAAGCUAUUCUGCUCUCUUUUUAAGAGAUCGCAGCUAGCAUCGUCUCGCAAGCGCCAACACGACUCCAAACUACCUCUCAUGGACCUCUCGUCGCUCGAGGGUCCUCCCCUCGCUGAUCCGAGGGUCAAUGUCCCCGCUGAUUCUACAUUCCCUCGUAUCGAGGAAGAGCCCCCAACGCCGGAAACUCCGAGUCAUUAUCAUACUUAUUUCAACCUCUACACAAAGCCGUUACCCCCACGGCCUGCCUCGGCGGACCCUUUGGACUUGCGACAAUCACGGCACUCAAGAUCUGAUAUUCAUACUGCCGGGUCUUCCACCGAUCAAUUCCGGAGUGAUAGUGAUCUGCGGCGUGUGCCGGCGCAAAGAGGCAGGAGGAGUACUUCUAAUGAACUGCGGCCCGGCGAGGGCAUCACCGGGACAGAGCCCGUACGAGAAGCCCGUUCCCGCUCGCCCCCCGCGAAUCUGUAUCUAUAUGCUGAGUGCCGAGUGCCUAGACGGCCUCGAAGUGCGCCUCUUGUUUGGCUGGAGGAUGAGGAGCUGUGGGUGGUCACUGGGAGUUCUACAUCAUCACAACGUCCUCCGACCCGGCCUAGUCGGCCGGCUCGACUGGAAACACACAUGAGUGAGCCGCUCCGGCACAGUGAACCUCUUCUUGAUGAGGACUUGGACGUGGAUCACAGUGCACUCUCGCCUCCGCCGUCGUAUGAUAGCCAUGGCUUCAGUCAUACGCACGUGGUUCGACAGCAGCGUGGCGUCGAGUCCCGCUGGGGCGCCGUUGCGCGGCGUAUGCAUAAUUUGUCGAAUGGAUGA